AUCUUAGUGUAUGUUAGCCUCAAUUGCACGAGUUUUGGCCCUUAGUUUUAAAUCGGACAUAUUUUGAUAUUGACUUUCUAUCUCUGUUCAAAGAAAAGUUUUUGUCUGUGGGUGCAUGCAAAGGAUAACAUCAGUAGGUUGCCAUUCAGCCACAGGAAAGUAUCUAUUGGUGUUGUGGUGCGAGCAAUGAAGGCAAUUAUUCAAAGAGUCACUGAGGCAACUGUAACAGUGGAUGGCAAUCUAGUGAGCAGCAUUGGGAAAGGCCUAUGUGUACUGGUUGGCAUUGGACGGAAGGAUGCAGCAAAAGAUGCUGAUUGGCUCGUGAAGAAAAUAAUUAAUUUGAGGCUUUUUGAUGGCGAUGAUGGGAAACGUUGGGAUAAAAGUGUCAAAGAUAAGAACUAUGAAGUGCUUUGUGUCAGUCAGUUUACAUUGCACACAAUUCUGAAGGGAAACAAGCCUGAUUUCCACAAUUCCAUGGGGCCUGAUGAAGCACCCAUAUUCUAUGACAAUUUUAUUCAGCUGAUGAAACAGAACUACUCAGAAGAUAAAAUUAAAAAUGGAGUGUUUGGAGCCAUGAUGCAGGUGCACAUACAGAAUGAUGGGCCGGUCACCAUACCACUCGAAUCUCCAGAAAACUUGCCGGAGCCAAAAGUUCGGAAGUACCAGGAUUGCAAAAUUACUUCUAGAAACCAGUCAAGUUCUAGUCUUGCCUCAAACCAGUCUUGCUCCAGCCUCAACUCUGAACCAGCCUUCAAAAGUGAUACAGCAGUCGAAACACAAGAUUCCGCAAAAGACAGUUGAUUUUUGUUUUUGUAAUUUAAUGAAUUUUAUUAAAAUGUGUGGGUCACAG